ACUCUAUAUUCUCAUUAGUUGUGAAAAGCAUUCGUAAAACUCCAACAUCUACCAUUUUGCGGGAGAAAGAGAGAGAUAGUGAGCCAAACUAUACCCAAUUCUGCAGAACGAAUCAGAAAGACUGAGCCUUCCUUCUCUUCAUUCUGCAAUGUUUUCAGGCCUCCUUCAUGGAAUGAUGGGUGGGGUUCGGGGAGGAAAUUAGCCUCUCUGAAUCCCUGAUAAAUUUUUCUUGGCAAGCCAAGUAAGAGACGAUCAGAGGAACGUGGUUUGGUUAGCAAGUUAUGAAGUGGGUCGAGUUCCUUUGAUUGCCUCAUGUAGAUUCUUUGCUGGUGAUUAGCUUUCAUGGCUCCAGUGAAAUAUAGAAGCAGCAAAUGGUUGCAUGGAAAUGUUAAAUUAGAUGGAGAAUCAUUCUUUUUUGACAACUAAAUAUUGGCAAUUAAAUCAUGCUGUGAGAGAGAUGUCUGUUCAAUCUAGUUUUCUUUCAGACUUCUGCUGGUGAAUGACUCCUUUGUGCAGCAAGUCUUCUUUGGCAUUGGGCCUACCUGACUGAAAGCUUAGCUUGAAGCAGGGCAAAUCUUCUUUGGCAGUAAAUAUUUCUUUCUGAAAGAAGCAGAUCUGAGGAAAUUUUGGUCAUAUAUAUAGUCAUUAAGUUUCAGAUCUUUUGGGCAAAUCUCCUUUGGCAAAGUUACUGAUGUUUCCUCUAGCUGGGCAGUUUACCUAACAGUGAAUGACUUAGCAGAGUGGAUACUUUUAGACUAGUUACUGAGGAUUGCAUACUUGCUACAGGGAAGAUCUUCUGUGGCAUAGAGUAUUUCAGCCUAUUGAUACAUUUCCUUUGCAGUGCAAUCUUCUUUGAAGUUUCUUCUUGCAAGAGCUUCAGUCCAUCUGUUGGGCAAAUCUCCUUUGGCAUCAGGAGUCCAGUGUGACUCCAAUUAUCCCUGUGGGUUAUCAGGAGUCGUGAGCAGGCUCCCUAUAUCCCUGUAGGGCAAAUCUCCUUUGGCAUUGGGAGUUCUCAGUUGGCUCCCUAUUAUCCCUUUAAAAAGCUUUGGCAUAUAAUCUCCACAUUUAGAGGCCAAGCUAUUUUGUUGGAAUAUCAAUUGUAGCUUGGCAUCAAUUCUUGAAAUCAGAUCAACAUCAGGAUUCAAUCUGCAGCAUUGCUAUUGUAGCCUAAUCCUUUGCCAGGCUACUGUUUUGUUAUCCACUGCUGUGUGUUUUAAUAUACGAUUGAACAAGUACAGCUUUUGGAAUUUCGGAUUUCAACUUCUACAUCUGGUAUAUGUGCUUUGCAAUAAGAAAUCUGUGAAGUUCCGGAAUAGGCAUCAUUUCUAGAGGGUUGAAAAGAAGUAAAGUUCUUAUUGUUGAAUUGAGGUGUUGAUAAAUUGUUGCAGAUGAUGAUGGAUAUGCUCCCCAGUGAUUCUGAUUGGGAAAGUUUCAGUGACAGUGGCAGUGAGCUUGACUUUUUGUAUGGUGGCCAAGCUCAUUCCAUUUUGUCAAGCCUGGAGGAGAGCAUAGGAAAAAUUGAUGAUUUCCUCUCAUUUGAGAGGGGGUUCUUACAUGGGGACAUUGUUUGUGCUGUUGCUGAUCCAGCUGGACAAAUGGGCCGAGUUGUAAAUGUCAAAAUGCUAGUUGACUUGGAAAAUAUUCAUGGAGAACUCACAAAAGGUGUUGAUUCCAAGAAUAUUCUAAAGAUUCGCUCCAUUUCAGUGGGAGAUUACGUGGUCCAUGGGCCAUGGAUUGGAAGGGCUGAUAAAAUUGUGGACAAUGUUGUUAUCAUCUUUGAUGAUGGGACUAAGUGUGAGGUUACUGCAGAGGAAAAAGAACAGCUUGUGCCUGUUUCUCCAAACGUACUUGAAGAUUCAAUGUACCCCUAUUAUCCAGGACAGCGAGUGCAGGUUAGGCUUUCUGCUGUUUCCAAGUCCACUAAAUGGUUAAGUGGUGCUUGGAAGGAAAAUCAGAAUGUUGGAACUGUUUCUUCUGUAAGAGCAGGUCUAGUGUAUGUCAACUGGCUUGCCUGUGCUAUUGUUGGUAGCAGUUUGAGUUUGCCUGCUCCUCAACGUUUGCAGGAUGCAAAAAAUCUGACUUUGUUGCCAUGUCUUUCACAUGAAAAUUGGCAGCUUGGUGACUGGUGUAUACUUCCUGGCGUCGAGCUCAUUAAAGAGCAAGAUAAGAUUGGAAAAGGGUUAAAGAAGCGAGAUCUUUGCUCCAAUUUUGAGGAAGCAUUUGUGAUUUUGAAGAGAAAGACCAUUGUUGAUGUUCUGUGGCAGGAUGGCGGCUGUUCAUUGGAGAUAGAUUCACAAUCUCUGGUUCCUGUAAAUAAUGUCAACGCUCAUGAAUUCUGGCCAGGGCAGUUUGUACUUGAGAGGGGUGCUUCUGAUGAGCCACACGUUUCUGGCAACCGAAAAUGGGGCGUAAUAAGUGCUGUUGAUGCAAAGGAACGAACUGUAAGGGUGAAAUGGAAUCAGGCCAAUAAUGUGUGUGCUAACCAGGUGGAGGAAAUUGUGAGUGCUUAUGAACUGGUGGAGCACCCAGAUUACUCUUAUUGUUAUGGUGACAUUGUAUUAAAAAAUGUAGAACUAGAUGAUAAGUGUCAUCUGGAGAAAGAGAAUAGCAUGGUUGAAGAUGUUGACCUGAAAGACCAGGACUGUAGAAGAGGUCAGAUUGAUUAUUCUUCUGAUGGUUACUUGUCCAGUAUUGGUUAUGUUACCGGCUUCGAAGAUGGUGCUGUCAAGGUGAUAUGGGCUUCUGGACUUGAAACCAAGGUUGCCCCGAAUGGCAUUUUUCGAAUUGAUAAAUAUGAAAUUUCAACUGCAAGUUCUGCAACAAAUGAGCAAAAUGUUAGGGAAAUGAAUAUGAAUCAAGAAAUGGUUGAUCUUGACAAACAAUCUGUUAGCCUGAAAGGAAAGGACUUGCUAAAUUCCAAUAGCAACAAUGCAUACAAAAGUCUCCCAUGGAAGUCUAGUCCCUUCUUUCUUCCUCAAUCCACUGUUGGAUUUUUCAUGAGGAUUGCAGAAAGUAUAUUUGGGUGCAUUGGUUCUACGUCACUGUCUAUCCCAUUAUCAUCUGCUUCAUUUCCUAAAGAUGAUAAUCAAUCUCAGACGCUUGAAGAGAAAGGAACAAUGGAAAACUGUGAGCUCUGCACAGAGAUGCAACCUCUGACACCAUGUGAGAUGCAGAUAUUUGAAAAGACAAGUUUAAAGCCGAAAGUCAACUAUAUGCAGGAGAAUCAAGAACUUCAAUCUUUAUCCACCAACAAGAAAUUAGGGAAGUUCACACAAUUUGACAUGGUCAGUGAUUGCUCAGACCACCAUUUUAUUGAGCAUGCAGAGAAAGGAUUGGCAUUAUCUCAGGUGAAGAGAAGUUGGUUGAAGAAAGUCCAAGAAGAAUGGAGUAACCUAGAGAAAGAUCUUCCUGAAUCAAUAUAUGUUCGUGUGUAUGAGGACAGGAUGGAUCUCCUUGGAGCAGCCAUUGUUGGUGCACCUGGAACUCCAUAUCAUGAUGGGCUGUUCUUCUUUGAUAUAUAUCUUCCUCCAGAUUAUCCUCAUGAAACUCCUUUGGUGCAUUACCGCUCUGGUGGGCUUCGUGUCAAUCCGAAUUUAUACGAGUCCGGAAAGGUCUGCCUCAGUCUCCUCAAUACAUGGACAGGCACAGGAACUGAAGUGUGGAAUCCAGAGAGCUCCAGUGUUAUGCAAGUUCUUCUCUCCCUGCAAGCUCUUGUGCUUAAUGAAAAGCCUUAUUUCAAUGAGGCUGGGUAUGAUAUGCAAAUAGGAAGAGCUGAGGGAGAGAAAAAUUCAGUGAGCUACAAUGAGAAUGCAUUCAUCGUGACGUGGAAGUCCAUGCUGUACUUAAUUCGCCAGCCACCAAAGCAUUUUGAGGCACUCAUAGAGGAGCAUUUGAGGCAAAGAGCUGAAUAUAUUGUGUCAGCUUACAAGGCAUAUAUGGAAGGAGCUCCAGUGGCAUACCCUUUUGGCUGUGGACAGAUUGAGCAUGAAACUCAACAGGGAAGUUCUACAGGAUUCAAAAUCAUGCUUGGUAAGCUCUUCCCAAAACUUGUGGAGGCAUUUUCUGCUAAAGGAAUUGAUUGCAGCCAAUUCACAGACUAGAGAAGGUGAAUGGCCAUACCAACAUAUUUGUAAAAUAUGUAUAAUCUGUAUCAUAUCAACAUGUCCUUGGUGAAGGAUAGUCUUCUGUGCUUGUUUUUGGGAAAAAAAUAAAUAAAUAAAAAGAAAAAAGGAGAGUUGGAAGGGAAACUAUGAAAAUCCUUCCUGGUGUUAUUGUAUUAUUAUGUAUUGUAACAGAACUAUGUUAUGGGUUGCAGACUGCAAUACUACCAAGAAUAAAUAAAUUAAAAUAAAAGUUUGGAUUGGUGUGCUAAA